UUCCUGUGCCUCCUCCGAUUUUUCCGAUUUUUUUGAUUUUUUUUUAAUAUUUUUUCCCCAAAUUUUUCUCUUCCACUGCUUCCCAACAGUCCAUUGCCCCCACAGCUCGUGUCAUGCCCGUGGUAUACCCGACACCAUCAGCGAUCAAUGGAUUGAACCUGUUUCCCAUUCUUCUCGUCACAUGCGAUUUGCGCCUUAGCGCACAGCCUCUUUGAUGCUUGUCGCCUUACCCGGCCGUCCCUGGAAGCUUGGCCUUUCUUUUCCUCCGCGGCUCCGCCUAACCAACCCUAACCAACCAUUCAUUACAUACUGACUUACUUACUUCUGCCAAAACAAGACUUUUCCUCAGCAAAAGCGCCAGCAAGCCUUUUUGCCUCCCAGGGACUUCUGCCUCCUCCUCACCUUUUGCUCUACAUCUAGUGCCCGCAAAAUAUCCCAAGCAUAAAAAUGUUUCGUUGGGCUCAACAACAGUUGGCCAAUGUCGCCGGUACCCAAGAGCCCGAGUACGGCCCCGAAGCUAUUCAGCCCGUGGGAAAGAAUCCCGGCGAUCCCGCCUUCUCCGAAUUAACCAAACAAGACCUCAAAUGGAGGACGCUCGAGGUGACCAACGUCGAGACCCAAACCUUCUAUGUGAUUGCCGAUAGUGGCCACACCUGCUUCUUGCAGGUCAUCUAUAACAACAUAGCCGGUCUGCGCAUCACCACGCAGUUCAAUUGCAAGAUUUUUGCUCCCGACAACUCCAAACCCUUCAUAUGGUCAAGCGAUGCUCUGUCCAACCACGGCUUCGAUGACGACCAUUACUCGUUUUAUGCCGACAACCUCUCGGUCGAACUGUCGGAAGAUGGCACAGCUUACACCAUCAAAUCGGCCAUCAACGAGAACAGCAUGGUGGACGUCAAAAUCACGCGUACUGCCCCUGGCUUUGUAGGUGGAAACGAUGGUUAUACCAACUAUGGAACGGACCCCAAGGCACCGUGGGGAUCCAUGUGCCACGCUUUCUGGCCAAGGGCAACUGCGGAGGGGAGGAUCAUCACAAAGGAGGGAGAACUCGACUUCAAGGGCAGAGCCAUGCUCAGUCAUGCGCUGCAGGGCAUGAAACCACACCAUGCCGCUGCGCGAUGGAACUUUGUCAACUUCCAGUCUCCUACGUACUCCGCCAUCUUGAUGGAAUUCACCACUCCUUCCUCGUACGGAUCCACUGUAGUACGUGUUUCCGGUAUCGCCACGGACGGCAAGCUCCUGUUCGCCAGCAACAAUUCCGGUCACGCUAAACACGUUGAGACGAAGGAGGAUACUGAGACUUUCUGGCCUGAGCCCACCACUGUGAGCUAUGCAUGGGAGGGCAAGACUGAGGAUAACAAAGAGGCUUCUGCGCUUCUUGAGGGUAACCUUGGCUCACGAUGGGACCGUACAGAUGUCAUGGCCGAAGUUCCUGGCUUCGUCAAGACUAUAGUAGCCAACGCUGCCGGUACACGUCCCUUCAUCUACCAGUACCGCCCCAAGAUGACCUUGGAAGUCAAAAUCGGAGAGGAAACGAAGAAAGAAGAAGGAAUCGCAUUCAUUGAAGCGACGUUUGUAUCGUGAAAUGUUGAAAUGGAAAUGGACACCUGGGGGCCUAUGAAACAACACGUUGGAUAGACUUAUGACUACGACGCCCUCACCCUAAACUAAUAACUCGCUUUACUCAGGGCUGGCGCUUGAGAACCUAAUGACUGAAUACAACCUUUCUUUUACUACGGACCCUUGUUCUAGUGAGGCUUCAUUCACGCGUACUGAUAUCUUUACUUAUUUUAAGAACCGGUCAAGACUUUGGACAUCGAGAGUCCAACACUUUUCACUUAUUAUGCGCACUAUUAUUUCCACCUGCGUGCCACCCGUCCAUCUAAACAAACAUCUAAACACGUACCGUCCGCCUGUCAACCCUUUGAUGGGGAUUCUCCCUCAUCCACAACACCACUGCAGCCAUCAAUCAGAUCAGACGGGACAGUCAGGCACACUUACUCAUCACUUGACGGACAGAACUUUACUGCAAAGGCUUGAUGUUCUUACAUCUACUGUUCCAGCUCUUUACUUCCAUGAAAGUAGGCAGCACAUUUGCCUCUUUGCUGCAUUCGUU